CAGGUCUACAUAAACGAUCAGAAAUAUGCAUGCGAGUCAUGCAUCAAAGGACACCGUUCCUCCUCAUGCCAACACGCGGACAGACCUCUCUUUGAAAUCAAGAAGAAGGGCCGUCCCGUUUCGCAAUGCGAGAAGUGCCGAGAAUUGCGCAAGACGAAGCGGAUGCACAACAAGUGCAAUUGUUCGGCGCUGUCCAGUAGCACCGCGACGUCUCAUCCUAUUGUUGGAGAGUCGUCCACGAAGCCCAUGUCGAAGUGUGCGUGUGUUGAAAAUGUUGUUCUGUAA